UGAAUGAGACUGACGGGAAAGCAACACAGAAACCUCUCGGCAUGAGUCAGUGGAAGCAGAUUCAGCAGCUGGAGAUCAGACUCCUCGAACAUGUGGACUAUCUUUAUGAUGAUAACUUCCCCAUGGAUAUCCGACAGGGUCUGGCCAGUUGGAUCGAGUCUCAGGAUUGGGACACAGCCGCUAAUGAUGAGUCGAUGGCCACAGUGCUCUUCACCAAUCUACUGUCUCAGCUGGAGAGGGUGCGCUCACAGGAGCAGAACUUUCUACAAAGACACAACAUGAAAAUAAUACAACAACAGUUACAGGUGAAAUAUUCUGCCUGCAUGCAGGAACAGGGUCCCCUGGAGAAAUCACUGCAGAAUUCCGUGGCCUUUGAGAGGCAGAAGAACAUGGACAACAGAGUCGGUAUCAUCAGGAACAGUGUGCAGUUGAUGGACCAGGCUGUGAAACACAUUGAGGACAUGCAGGACGAUUUCGAUUUCCGCUACAAGACUCUACAAUCUCGGGAAUCAUCAGAUAGGAACUCUGACAUGAUGAAACAGGAAGUAACAAGACUACAGGAAAUGCUUAACAGGCUCGACUUUAAAAGGAAGGAGAUUCUGUCAAAAAUGGAUAUUGUCAUCAAAGAGAUUGAAGACUUGAUGACUUCUCAGCUCAAACCAGAGCUGCAGGACUGGAAACGCAGGCAGCAGAUCGCUGCCAUCGGGGGUCCAUUGCUCACUGGCCUGGACCAGCUGCAGAGCUGGUUUACUCUGAUGGCCCAGAGUCUCUUCCAGAUCAAGCGUCAGCUGGACAAACUGGGUGAGCUGGUUGUGAAGGUCACCUAUGAAAGUGAUCCAAUCCCACUGCAAAAACCUCGGAUGGAGGAGAGAGUUAAAUACCUCAUCUAUCACCUCAUCAAGAGCUCAUUUGUGGUGGAGAAGCAACCAUGCAUGCCCACACAUCCACAGAAACCCCUCAUUAUCAAGACUGGAGUACAGUUCACCACCAAAGUCAGACUGCUGGUUAAACUUCCAGAGGUGGAUUAUCAGCUGAAAGUCAAAACCACAUUUGACAAGGACCUCCCCCCUGGCAGAGUAAGUCGUCAGUUUUUCAUCCUGACCAACAACACUAAAGUUAUGGACAUUGAGGACUACUCCAAUGGCUGCCUCUCAGUGGAGUUCAGACACCUGCAACUGAAAGAGAAGAAAUAUAUCAAUGGCACAAAGGGGAAUGAGAGUCUCCUCUCUGUCACAGAAGAACUCCACUCUCUCAGUUUCGAGGCUUGCUUCACAGUGCAGGGCCUCACCAUUGAUCUCGAGACGUGUUCUCUGCCACUGGUGGUCAUUUCCAACGUGAGCCAGCUGCCUGGAGGCUGGGCCUCUGUCAUGUGGUAUAACCUUCUGACAGAUGAGCCGAGGAACUUGGCAUUCUUUGGAAACCCACCUCGGGCCAGCUGGAGCCAGCUCUCUGAAGUCCUCAGCUGGCAGUUCUCCACUUUUGCUGGUCGGGGUCUCAACAAGGAACAGCUCACCAUGCUGGGAGAAAAGCUUCUUGGUCAGCACGCCUCCUGUAGUGACUAUCAAGUGUCCUGGUCUAGGUUCUGUAAAGAGAAUAUUCCAGGAAAGCCCUUCAGUUUCUGGAUGUGGUUGGACUCCAUCCUAGAGCUUAUCAAGAAGCACUUGCUGCCAGUCUGGACUGAGAAUGUAAAAGUUUCCUGGGCCUCUGUCAUGUGGUAUAACCUUCUGACAGAUGAGCCGAGGAACUUGGCAUUCUUUGGAAACCCACCUCGGGCCAGCUGGAGCCAGCUCUCUGAAGUCCUCAGCUGGCAGUUCUCCACUUUUGCUGGUCGGGGUCUCAACAAGGAACAGCUCACCAUGCUGGGAGAAAAGCUUCUUGGUCAGCACGCCUCCUGUAGUGACUAUCAAGUGUCCUGGUCUAGGUUCUGUAAAGAGAAUAUUCCAGGAAAGCCCUUCAGUUUCUGGAUGUGGUUGGACUCCAUCCUAGAGCUUAUCAAGAAGCACUUGCUGCCAGUCUGGACUGAGAACUACAUCAUGGGCUUUGUGAGUAAAGAGAUGGAGCGCACUCUGCUGAAGGACAGAGAGCCAGGCACCUUCCUCUUACGCUUCAGCGAGAGUCACCUUGGAGGAAUCACCUUUACCUGGGUGGACCACAAUGAGAAUGGAGAUGUGAAGUUCAACUCUGUGGAGCCAUACACUAAAAACCGGCUUAGUGCUCUCCCAUUUGCUGACAUCAUACGAGACUACAAAGUGAUCUCAGACGGAGUGGUCCCAGAGAACCCGCUCAAGUUCCUCUACCCUGACAUCCCCAAAAACGAGGCCUUUGGACGGCUUUACAACAAUCAGCCUAACAAAGUUUACCCAUACAUACCAUCUACCCUGAUCCCCAUCUCGGAGAUGCGCUCUAAUGCAAGCACCACACCACCUCCUUGCCAGUCUCCUGAGCCCCCGAUGACUCCUGGGGAGUUUGACAUGCUCAGCGAACACCUGUGCUUCGACAUUGACAAUGUAAGUUUGCAGGCUUCUGUAUUCAAUGGACUGUAUGAUGUCUACAUGCCAUAA